CCGCCGGGACCCGCGGCCCCUCUGUGCCCCCCGGGAUCGGGGAAGGGCCGCGCAGCCUGCGCUCGACUCCAGCAGUGGGAAGCCUUGUCCUGCCCGCUAGAAGUGACCGUUGUUCCGUAGCGCCUCGUUUGGUUUGUACAGGCCCCUAAGGAUGAUCGCCAAGACCGCCAUAGAUCGAAUUAUUGGCAAGGGAGGCCUAAAGUCGGGCAACUCCAGAACUGACAGUGGGCUCGAGAAGGGUGAGCGGGAGGGCGCUGCCCGGCGAAAAUCCAUGGAGGAAGCGGCCACGGGCAAAGGCAAGAUGACGGACCCGGAGAGGAGCGGGCUCCUCCAGAAAAUACUUUCCCUUGAGAAAGAAAAAGAAAAAUACAACCAUCUUCUUGGAGAGAAGGACAGAGAAAUCCAAAACCUGAAAGACAAGCUGAGGUCGAAAACCAAGAAUAGUGAGAUCUCCUUACUACAAAAUCAACUAGAGGAAAAAACAAAGGAAGCAGAAAGGAGAGAACAGUUACUUUGUUCUCUAUCAGAAGAAAUUAACCGGUUAAAAUGUAAUUUAUCUGCAGCCAUGGCAAAAUGCUCUGAUCUUGAGAACAAAGCCAGUAGUACUUCUCAGGCAUCCCAGGAAGUUGCCACAAACAGCACUGAAAUUGAAAGACAAUUGAAAGAUGCUCUUGAGAAAAACCAGCAGUGGCUACUGUAUGACCAGCAACGGGAAGCAUAUGUCAGGGGAUUGCUUGGAAGAAUCUUUGAACUUGAACAGAAGGCAGAAAUAGUUAGCCAGCAAGAAUCUAAAUCAAACUCAGAAGGUCAGGAAAAGCAAGAAUACGAUGACCAGCUGUUACGAACUGCUAAGAGAGAUUCUGAGACUGAAAGACGCACGAUAACCCAGCUGAAAUCUGAACUUAUUGAACUCAAAAAGACAUAUGAAGAAACACAGGGGGAAAUGAUGAGUUUAAAUGCCUUACUGCAGUCACAACAGGUUGCUGAAAUGAGGAUUCAAGAAAAUGAAAAUAAAAUUAAAGAGAAAGCACAAAGACUAAAGCAAGAAAAUGAAAUCGUCAAAGAACAGCUCAGAGAAGAAAAGGAAAAGUCUGAAGAUCUUUUAUGUCAAGUGCAACUUCUUCGUAAAUCUUUGCUCAGACAGGAGGCAGAACACACAAGAAUAACUUUGUUGGAACAACAGAUCCAGAUAUGCACCACAGACUUAGAGAAUGGAAAGCUCGAUCGCCAGAACUUGAAGCAUGAGUUAAACCAUGUUCUCAAGGAGCUGCGCAAGACCAAGGAGAAAAUAACCCGUCUGGAUCCUCUGAAACUCCGGGAGUUUGGACACAUGGAAUCGCAAGAAGAUUUGCAAGCUGUAUUUGACAAGAAGCUGACCGCACAUGACAGAAGUCCUCCCCUGAAACAUUCCAGCUGCUUUGAUGAAAGUUUUCUCGAGUGUCCCAAAUGUAAAGUGCCGUAUCCAACGAGCCAGCAUAGAGAACUACUAGCACACAUUGACUUCUGUACAGCUUGAGCUCCAAAUGGACUUAGUGUUUUUGCUUCAUGCAUGCUGCCAAUAUGCUUGGCAAAAGGUCUUUUAAAGCUUUUUCUUUCAGUUGUAUAAAUGACAAAAUGAUAAUUCGGUUCCACAAAAACAGUAUUAACAUUAUAAUUUGGCCUCAGUAUUUUACCUCAUUAUUUUGCAAAACAUCUACUGCAUUUUCUAGUUGCAAACAGAAAUACUUUUAGAAUUAGGGAUAUUUUAAAUAGUAAACUACUGACUUUUAUUUUUCUUUUUGCACUAUUAAAUGUAAGAAUAGUAAAAGCACAAUUAUUGUGUCAGACUGUGUUUCAGUUUUGGCAUAUCCUGUUCUUGGUUGCUGAAUCCCGAUGAUUGUGCUUGCAUCUUAACUGACAAGAAUAGCUGCAAAAGAUUUUUGGCCCUGCUAGGUGCACUAUAUAUAUUUAUUUAUACAUGGUGUGUAUAUAUGUGUAGUGUGUGUAGUAUAUACAUACAUGUGUUAUAUAUCAUAUGUAUGUGGAAUAUAUCAACAUCUUGAUACAUAAAAACUCAGGAGGGUCAUGUUAGAUCUUUGCUGCUUAAGAUUGAUGUUCAAAAUGUUGAUCUUAAGUAGCUGAUUAUCCUGAACCACCAUCAGGGGUGACUAAAAUGCUGACCAAGGUUUAAUCUCAGAAAAACCAACUUCCUAGCAAACAUAAACUUCAUUGGUGCUGAAGAAAGUUUGUAUUUCAGACAAUGUCAGAGGCCAGUUUUGAAUUUUUGAUAUAGAACUAUGCUGAAUUAAACUUGUUUUGCUUCUGUAUUUUAGAGGUUAAAGUUGGGAAAUGUCAGUUAUUCAACCUUAGAUUUGACAAAUGUCUCAAAGUGCAGUUUUUAACAAAUUGCUCUAGUGGAUUUGAAGUGGCACUGUAUUUUGGUUUAAUAUAAAACACAAGUUAAUGACAAAUUGUGGCAACAAAUUAGAAACCGGCAAAAAAAAAAAAUCCUUAAUGGAAUUGCAAUUGCAAUGUUAUUUUCCUCUAGCACCUACUGUAAACUUGAAUGUGUUGUGAGCAUUUUGUUCCUUGCAUAUGUAGUGAAGUCCCAACAAGAAGUUACUUCUGUGGAAAUCAUUAAAAUGGGGAAAUUUUACAAAGACACACUAGUUAAGAAUAAAUUUGUGCAUUUUACAAGUUUGUGGUUUGCUGAGGACACAUAAGUACCCAAGGUGUAUCCUUCUCUGGCCUGCUGAUUCUGCUAGCUGCUAUCAGCUUUCUCCAUCAUGCUUUGCUGCAAACUGCACACAUUUACCCCAUAAUGUUCACCUUAAUACCUGAUGGUUAAAUCUAAUUCUUAAAAAAGGUGUUUUCCAAUUUAUUGAAAAUAACUGAUAGUAUCAAGUGAUGUUAUUCUCAAUUAAAUCCAGUGUUCAUGAGACAGAAAAUAUUAAAAGGUAUUAUCUUUAUAUCUAAAUUUAUUGUAUUAGCUACUCUCUAUCCACUUUUCAAUUUCACUAUGUCUCACGCUAAUCUUUGUAUUUGACAAUUUGCUCAAUUGCUAGCAACAGGUUUUCUGACCAAAGAUAUGAUAAGCUAAUGAGUAAAACAGAAAUUGUGCUUCAGAAUCUCAAGGUUUUACCAUGAGGGAAAUUGUCUUGAUUUCAUAUAUUUUUAAUU